UUUCGUACUUUUGGGGCGCGUGCGCGUGUGUCAUACCGAGCCCAAAGUUGGUCAAAAUUAAUUUAAUUUCAAAAUUACAGAAUUUACGAGAAGAAAAAAUCAAAUCGUGGUAGUCGAACCGAACAACGAAACCGUCGGAGUGCCACGGAAAUUUUGCGUCGAUGAAAAUUAAAUUUGAGUAAAAAAGUGUAAUUUUGAAAAUUGUGUGAUCAAGUGAAAAAAUAUGCUCGAAAUGGAGUUCGUGAAGAGCAGCUUCGUGCUGUCGCGGGCCGCCAAAGUGUUCACAUAUUUUUCGCCGCUCACGGUGAUCCUGGUGUCGGCGAUCCUGGGGGCGAUGUUCGUUUACAACCGGCGGCGUUCCCGGCUGGUGAAGAUGAUCGAGAAGAUUCCGGGCCCGGCCAGCAUGCCCAUCAUUGGCAACAGUUUGCACAUCAAUGUGGACCAUGACGAAAUCUUCAACCGCAUCAUCUCGAUCCGCAAGCUGUACGGGCGUCAGCAGGGUUUUAGCCGAGCCUGGAACGGUCCCAUGCCGUACGUGAUGAUCUCAAAGGCCGCCGCUGUUGAGCCCAUUCUCAGCAGCCCGAAGCACAUCGAGAAGAGCCACGACUACGAGUUCCUCAAGCCCUGGCUCGGCACCGGCCUGCUCACCAGCCAGGGUCGCAAGUGGCACCCCCGCCGCAAGAUCCUCACCCCGGCCUUCCACUUCAAAAUUCUGGACGACUUUGUUGACAUCUUCCAGGAGCAGAGCGCCGUACUGGUACAACGCCUCGAACGGGAACUCGGCAACCGCGAGGGCUUCAACUGCUUCCCGUACGUGACGCUGUGCGCGCUGGAUAUUGUCUGCGAAACUGCCAUGGGACGGCUGGUCAACGCCCAGAUGAACUCGGACUCGGAGUACGUCAAGGCCGUGUAUCAAAUCGGUGGAAUCGUCCAGAACCGCCAGCAGAAGAUCUGGCUGCAGCCGGACUUUAUCUUCAAGCGCACCAAGGACUACCGCGAUCACCAGCGCUGCCUGUCGAUCCUGCACGAGUUCUCCAACCGGGUGAUCCACGAGCGCAAGGAGGAGAUCCGCAAGCAGAAACUGUCCAACAACAACUCCGUCGAGCAGGCCCCGGCCGCGGACGGCAACAACAACGCGGAAGAGUUUGGUCGGAAGAAGCGACUGGCGUUCCUGGACCUGCUGAUCGAGGCGUCCCAGGAUGGAACCGUCCUAUCCCACGAGGACAUCCGCGAGGAGGUCGAUACCUUCAUGUUCGAAGGUCACGACACCACCUCAGCCGCGAUCUCCUGGAUCUUGCUGCUCCUCGGUGCCGAACCCGCCAUCCAGGACCGAAUCGUCGAGGAGAUCGACCAGAUCAUGGGCGGCGAUCGCGACCGCUUCCCCACCAUGAAGGAACUCAACGACAUGAAGUACCUCGAGUGCUGCAUCAAGGAAGGACUCCGCCUCUACCCGAGCGUUCCGUUGAUCGCGCGCAAGCUCGUCGAAGACUGCGUAGUUCAGGACUACACCAUCCCUGCCGGCACGACAGCGAUGAUCGUCGUCUACCAGCUGCACCGCGACCCCGCCGUCUUCCCCAACCCCGACAAGUUCAACCCGGACCACUUUGCGCCGGAGAACUGCCGCGGACGGCACCCGUACGCGUACAUCCCGUUCAGCGCCGGUCCACGGAACUGCAUCGGCCAGAAGUUUGCCGUGCUGGAGGAAAAGUCGAUCAUCUCGGCCGUGCUGCGAAAGUACCGCAUCGAAGCGGUUGAUCGGCGUGAAAAUUUGACCCUGCUCGGCGAGCUGAUCCUGCGGCCAAAGGACGGACUUCGGAUAAAGAUUAGCCGGCGGGUUUGAGAGAGUUUUCGCGUUCCUUUAUAAGCAAUAGGUUUUUUUUUUAUUAUUUGUUAAGGUAAUAAUAUCUUAGGUUCUAUGAUGCGCAUUUGUAUUCCGCGUACUGAGAAAUAUGAAUGUGUGUGUUUUGUGUAUCAUUUUUUUUUUAUUUCUUCCGU